AUGGCGAACGAAAAUGCCUCUGGCCAUGAGCCGGGCCAAUACGCAGUCAAGUGGUACCGAUCGACCUUCUACAACAUGACCAUUCUUGGUCUUUGUAAUCUUGCUGCACCGGGUAUCUGGACUGCAAUGAACUCCUUAGGUGCCGGAGGAGCCCAAGAGCCAUACUUGGUAAACACGGCCAACGCCCUGACCUUCUGCCUCAUGGUCCUCAGCUGCUGGGGCGGCAGUGUCCUCGUCCACUAUAUUGGUAUCAAGGGAGCUCUCAUCUUUGGAACCCUUGGGUACGCCCCGUAUGCUGCUGGGCUGUACACCAACAACCGCUUUGGUACCGAGUGGCUCGUCAUCCUAGGAGCUGCACUCUGCGGCAUCUCGGCCGGUGUCUUCUGGAUGGCCGAAGCGGCAAUCGCCAUUGCGUAUCCUGAACCAUGGAACAAAGGCAAAGCUCUCGGCUACUGGCUUACAUACCGCCUGAGUGGCCAGAUUAUCGGUGGUGCCAUUAAUCUCGGUCUCAACGCUGAACGCAAUGAGGCUGGCCAGGUCUCAUAUACCGUAUUCCUUAUUUUCAUUGCUAUGCAAGCUUCAGGACCGCUGUUUGCUCUGUUUCUGAGCCCGCCCGACAAGGUUGAGCGUACAGAUGGCAAGAAGGUUGAUCUGUCCAUCGUCAACAACCCUUGGCUCGAGACCAAGAAGAUCACCCGCCUCUUCUUUACAACCAAGUUCCUUCUCAUCGUGCUCUACAUCGGAGCAGUCGUCUUCUCCGAAGCGGUCUUCUUCACUUAUCUGUCUUUAUGGUUCACAGUACGAUCUCGAGCACUCGGCUCCUUCGUCUCUGGUAUUGUCGCUGUGAUCGGUGGCAAUAUUCUCGGGGCCUGGCUCGACCGAACAUCAGUUCCGCUGAAGCGCCGGACUAGAGGCGCAUUCUGGGUUCUUGUGAUCCUGCAGGGCGGAUGGUGGACCUGGGCAACCAUCCUCGUCACCCGCUUCAACAUAUCUCAGCCCACCUAUGACUGGUCCAGUCCCGGCUUUGGUGCAGCGUUUGCUAUAUUUGUCUUCCUUACAUUCGGCUUCCAGCUGAACUAUCUCUUCCUCUAUUUCGUCGUUCAGAACUUGGCUUCUGAUGAAGAAGAGAUUGUUCGGUACGCUGCUCUGCUUCGUGGCACAGAGUCAGCAUGGCAAGCGAUCAGUUACGGUACCUCCUCCAUCCCCAUCAUGGCCCGUGUCGGAGGCGUCUACUUCAACCUUGCACUCUGGGCUGUGUCGAUCCUCCCUGCCUGGACUGUUAUUAAGCACUUUGGCAAUUCUCCGUAUGGUUCGGAUGUUGAUGGAACCAGCACCCCUUCGAGCGAGGAUGUCAAGGUCAAGGGCUCCACGACGGUCGCAUCCAGCAACGAGUAG